AUGAAUCAUACAUUAGCCCGUGCAAUGCAAUAUUUAGCAUUUAAAUCAUUCAGACCAGCACCCAUUUUUCAAUGUUUUCUAAGCUUUAUUCAUUCAUACAAAUUCAAUCAUAUAGGUAUUUUCAGUUCCGGUUUAUCCCAUGAAUGUAAAGAUCUAAUUAACAGUAAUUGGGAUAAGUUUAAGCCACGAUGCUCCGAUAUGCCAAUACAAGCAUUUACGCGUAAAGAAAAUGAAAAACACGCACUCGAAAAUUGUUUGAGUCAUCUGGCAUCACUACAUGAUCAAGACGCUAAACAUGUGCUUGACCAGAUGCGUCGCGCUUGUUAAUUCCUCAACUGACAUCAUCAAAAUCACAUUACCGUAAAAUACCUACCAUUGGCAUUGUGAUUUUUUGAUAUAUAAGACAAAGAUGAAGAAAAAGUUUAUUUUUGGAAAAUAAAGUUUGGUUUUAUCACA